GUUGGAAUUGAAGAAGACGACCAAAAUACUGCUGGCUGACCGCACCAGCUCAAUAGUCACAGAGAAAGCUCUGCUGUCCACCGCCGUCGACGACCUACCGGAGUACUAACGGAAUCUUGGGGGGCAGCAUGGAUGCUUGUGAUUCUGCUAACCAACCAAAAUUGAAACCAUUAGUGAUUUUAAGUGGAACUGCAAAGGAAGUUAGUGCAGGACCACCAAUUGGUCUUGUCGACAUUGGUGUCAGUGAAAAUGCAUAUCUUUUCCGUGUUGCACUGCCUGGCAUUCGGAGAAAUGAAAGUAAUUUAAAAUGUGAUAUCCAGCAUAAUGGGACUGUUCACAUAAAAGGUGUGGUAACUGUUGAUGCUGGGAUGCUGAAAGAUUCAUCUAGUGUCUUCCAGAUGAGGGUCCAGCAACUCUGCCCUCCUGGACCAUUCACCAUUUCUUUUAAAUUGCCUGGUCCUGUUGACCCUCGACUCUUCUGUCCUAAUUUCCGGAAUGAUGGUGUCCUGGAAGUGGCGGUAAUGAAAUACAGACCACCAAGUGCUCCAACAAAUGGGGUUCCGCCUUUGUGAGUUUUUUUGUUUUUAUUUUAUUCAGGAGCUUAAAUGUGUUAUUUCUGAACACAGAAACAUACAAAGCAUGCUGUAAACAGUAGACUAGCUGAAAACUAAAAGAGAAAACCACCCUGAAGUGGGGACAUCUUCGCAUGUCCUGCCAGAUUUUCUGCAGAACGCAUGGCUAAUCUGACGAAGUUUUUGUAUUGUUUAUAUUUAUUGAACAGAUCAUUACAUUGUCAUUGAUGGCCGAAAUUAGUUCUUUCUUUUCUUUCAA